AUCAAACCCUACAUUGCUACUGUGAAGAACAUUGCCCUUCACGCGAGGAACAAGGUAUCUGUCAAGUUAAUUUAGGCGGAAAAUGCUUCACUUCCGUGGAAAUUUUAGUAGACGAGUAUGGAUACGACUAUCCUUUUUUGUCCUACGGAUGUUUCGGGGCCGGUGAAAGCGGUUUGAUGCAGUGUAAAGGUAACUUGGUACCCCACGCGAAAACCAAAUUGAUUGGGUGUUGCGACGACGAAGAUUUCUGCAACAAGGACCUCUUUCCCAUGUACGUGGAGAAAAUCUCCACGAGUUACUUCCAGAGCUUGUCGUUCAUGGUGAUGAUGUCUUCAAUAGUUAGCUGUUUCGUAGUGAUCCUCAUCCUAACCAGCGUUUUUGUAAUGUACAGAAAGAAAGAGAAACUAGGAAUAAAGACGGAGAAAAAUGGAAGGGUAAACAAUAACGUGGUGACCAAUGACGUUGCGGACGACAAAGAAGUGGGGAGAAUAGCAGAGCUCAUUGAACAGUCGAGUGGAUCCGGAUCUGGCUUGCCCAUGAUGGUCCAGAGAACAAUCGCCAAGCAAAUUGAAAUGGGUAUCUCUAUAGGCAAAGGCAGAUUUAGUGAGGUUUGUUUGGGUAAAUGGAGGGAAGAAAAAGUCGCCGUCAAGGUUUUUUUCAGCACCGAAGAAGACUCUUGGUUUAGAGAAACGGAAAUAUACCAGACUGUGUUGAUGAGGCACGAAAAUGUCCUGGGUUUUAUAGCGGCCGAUAUCAAUG